GCGCAUGUUAGUGAGAGGUGGUGAAGAAGAGCGAAGAGUUUGAAUAAUGGGGGGCAAAGGGAGAGAAGGACAGCGGGGGGCAAAGGGAGAGAAGGACAGUCCAAGUCCAUGACUUCCCAAAACCAUAUGUAUGUAUACCACUAUGUAUCUAUAUAUAUAGUAUUAAAUGCAGCGGGACAUAGUAAACAUUUUAGGGUUCUUGACAUUUUGUGUGUUUCCAUUUUUCUAUCCAUCUCUAUCUGUUCGUCAUCCAUAGUCAUCUCUCUCUCUCCCCCUCUAUAUCUGCCUUUAUUAUUGAGAGAGAAAGCUAAACACACACACACGCACACACAGAGCUAUGGCGAGGACUAGGUGCUAUCUGGACAUAAGUAUCGGAGGAGAGCUUGAAGGUAGGAUUGUGGUGGAGCUAUUCAACGACGUCGUCCCCAAAACCUCCGAGAACUUUAGGGCUCUCUGUUCCGGUGAAAAGGGCAUUGGCCUCAUCACCGGCGUCCCUCUCCACUACAAGGGAGUUCGUUUUCAUAGAGUUAUUAAAAGUUUUAUGGUACAAGGUGGAGAUAUUUCUGCUGGCGAUGGCACUGGGGGAGAAUCCAUCUAUGGAGAAAAAUUUGAAGAUGAAAAUUUUGAAUUGAAACAUGAAAGAAAAGGAAUGUUAUCAAUGGCGAAUACUGGGCCUAACACAAAUGGUUCUCAGUUCUUCAUCACAACAACCCGCACUUCUCAUCUAGAUGGGAAACAUGUUGUAUUUGGGAAGGUUGUUAAAGGCAUGGGAGUUGUUCGGUCUAUGGAUCAUGUUACUACUGGUGAAAAUGACUGGCCAACUGUUGAUAUUAUAGUUGCGGAUUGUGGAGAAAUUCCUGAGGGGGCAGAUGAUGGGAUAGCUAAUUUUUUUAAAGACGGUGAUAUGUAUCCUGACUGGCCGUCUGACCUUGAUAACAAUUCCGAUGAGCUGUCUUGGUGGAUGAAUGCUGUAGAUUCUGUGAAGGCUUUUGGAAAUCAACAUUUCAAGAAGCAAGACUAUAAGAUGGCUCUUAGGAAGUAUAGGAAGGCUUUACUUUAUUUGGAUGUCUGCUGGGAGAAGGAAGGGAUUGAUGAAGAAAAAAGUUCAUGUUUAAGGAAGAUAAAAGCACAGAUAUUUACCAACAGUUCUGCUUGUAAAUUGAAAUUGGGAGAUUUAAAGGGAGCACUGUUGGACACAGAUUUUGCAAUGCGUGAUGGAGAAAACAAUGUGAAAGCUUUGUUUCGCCAAGGCCAGGUUGGUAACAUCAAAGAAUUGUAAAUUUAACUGCUAAGAGAAGAGGGGUUUUCUGGAUAAAAUUUGCCCCAUUUAUGUGGUUGCUUUGUUGAUGUAUUCUGGUUUUCAAAACAUUGCUUUGAAUGGUUACAUCAUUACAGCUAGUUUCUUAAUUGAAAUUUAUAAAAUUAUUAUUGCAUAACAUUAGAUGUUAUGUUGACUGCAAUUUUCUUUGGUAGCUGCACUUGAGCUAUAAUAUGUGCCUUCAAGCUCUAUGUAUAAUAGAAUAUAGGCUAUAAACUGUUCAAUUUUCAGAGGACAUCCACUCGCACCCCAAGUGUGCUAAAUGUUUAAUCAUGAAUCUAUUAAUGUUUAGUAAAAUUUUUAGUUGUAUUUGUCACAAACUUCAUGUGUUUACUAAAUUAUGUGAGUAUUAGGUAGUAUUAAGAGUUGUCUUGCCUGGCCAACUCUUAGUUGCACGAAGCGGAAGCGGGCACGAAGCGGAAGCGGGAGCGGGAGCGGGGAAGCGUGGCCAUGUAAAGGAGU